ACUUAAAAAUCAAGCCCGUUCCAUUUCCUCUCACUGGUGGGCCUGCUGUGGCCAGUCCGAGGGUUGAGCCUGGUCCAGACCCGAGCCGGGGGCGAGCCUCUCACCAUGCUGUCCUGCUGCACCGACGCGUUCCAGUACGAGACCAGCAAAGUCGCCCGGAUCCAGAGCGUGAACUAUGGCACCCUGAAGUGGGUCUGCCACAUGAUCGUCUUUUCCUACGUUAGCUUUGCUCUGGUGAGUGACAAGCUGUACCAGCGGAAGGAGCCUCUGAUCAGUUCUGUGCACACCAAGGUCAAAGGCGUGGCAGAGGUGGAGGAGGAGGUGCUGGAGAACGGACAGAAGAAGGUGGUGCGCAGGGUCUUCGACACGGCGGAUUACACCUUCCCCUUGCAGGGGAACUCCUUCUUUGUGAUGACAAACUUCCUCAAGACAGACGACCAGGUGCAGGGGCUGUGUCCCGAGUAUCCCACCCGCUGGUCACUCUGUCACUCCGACCGGAACUGUAAAAAGGGAUGGAUGGACCCACAGAGCAAAGGAAUCCAGACCGGAAGGUGUGUAGUGUAUAAAGAGAGGCAGAAGACCUGUGAAGUCUCUGCCUGGUGUCCCACCGAGGCAACGGAAGAGGCCCCCCGGCCUGCGCUCUUGAACAGUGCUGAAAACUUCACUGUGCUCAUCAAGAAUAACAUCGACUUUCCCGGCCACAAUUACACCACGAGAAACAUCUUGCCCGAUCUGAACAUCACCUGCACCUUUGACAAGACUCACAACCCCCAGUGUCCUAUUUUCCGACUGGGAGAUAUCUUCCGAGAAACAGGAGAUAACUUUUCAGAAGUGGCGAUUCAGGGAGGGAUCAUGGGCAUCGAGAUCUACUGGGACUGCAACCUGGACCGCUGGUUCCAUCGCUGCCGUCCAAAAUACAGCUUCCGUCGCCUUGACGACAAGACAACCAAUGAGUCCUUGUACCCCGGCUACAACUUCAGAUACGCCAAGUACUAUAAGGAAAACAAUGUUGAGAAACGGACUUUGAUAAAAGUCUUUGGGAUCCGUUUUGACAUCCUGGUUUUUGGCACCGGCGGAAAAUUCGACAUUAUCCCGCUGAUCGUGUACAUCGGCUCGACCCUCUCCUACUUCGGCUUGGCCACCGUGUUCAUCGACUUUCUCAUCAGCACGUACUCGAGCUCGUGCUGCCGGUCCCACGUCUACCGCUACUGCAAGUGCUGCGCGGGCUGCUCGGUGAACGAGUUCUACUACCGGAAAAAGUGCGAGUCGGUCGUGGAGCCGAAGCCGACCUUAAAAUAUGUGUCCUUUGUGGAUGAAUUUCACAUAAGGAUGGUGGAUGAGCAGCUACUUGGGAGAAGUCUACAAGAUGUCAAAGGCAAAGAAGUCCCAAGACCCCCGCUGGACCGCAGAGACCUGUCCCGGCUGCCCCUGGCCCUCCAAGACCCAGCCCGCGUUCCGGGACAACCGGAGCAGAUCCAGCUGCUCAGCGAGGCGGUGACGCCUCCUUCGGGCGGCCGUCCGAGCUGGUGCCAGUGCGGGAACUGCGUCCCGUCCCAGCUCCCCGAGGGCUGCGGGUGCCUGGAGGAGCUCUGCUGUCGGAGGAAGCCGGGGGCCUGCAUCACUACUUCAGAGCCAUUCAGGCAGCUCGUGCUGUCCAGACACGUCCUGCGGUUCCUCCUGCUCUACCAGGAGCCCUUGCUGGUGCUGGAUGCGGGCUCCGCCAACAGCCAGCUGCGCCACUGUGCCUACAGGUGCUACGCGGCCUGGCGCUUUGGCUCCCAGGACCUGGCCGACUUCGCCAUCCUGCCCAGCUGCUGCCGCUGGAGGAUCCGGAAGGAGUUUCCCAAGAGCGAAGGCCAGUACAGUGGCUUCAAGAGUCCUUACUGAUGGGACCACGCUGAACAGUCAUAGUAACAUUACCUCUGCCUGCACCUUGGACUGCUUUCGGCUGCGAAGAUGUGUGGC